AUGGGUAUGUCUCAGCAUCCGACGGAUCGUCCUCACGACGGACACAAUGACCCCUUUUCGACGGCUUUCAAUCCAAACACGCCUUCGUCUCUGGAGCAGCUGGACUCCAGCCGUACAGACUACUUUUUCGGACACUGCGACGGAAACUACUAUCUCACGCCCUCUCAAACACCUUCAAGCAACAACGAUCUCGUCCCAGACUUUGACUUCAGCACUACUCUCUUCCCAGAGACUACCUCCUACAGCAACGCCUCCAGCGCUUGCCAAACCCCUGAAUACACCGGCUUCAACAACCACAGCGAGUUCCACUCUUCCCUCCAAGCCUCCACAUAUCCCUCCACUCCUGCACCAGGGACACCGCACCCUUACCCGAUCCAAGACCGUCACCACGUCGACUUCUCAAGCUUCGGCACGGUCUCGACUCAACGACCGCAACUUUUCCGCUCCGCGACGAAUAACACUCACCUCCAUCCACCCACCGCAGCAGGAUACCACCAUCUCAGCCGCACCAACCAACCGCUCCACCGACGCUCCCUAAGUCAAAGCGACGCAGACCGCAUCGCAGCCUUAUACAGCCAUGCUCAUCCUCUCCCCCAUCCCUCCCGACGAGCCAUCUCCACCGAUCCCGACGACAACGCUCCCCUAAACAGCAAAAAGCCGGGAUGCACCAAGCACAACAACAAAACCGACAACAGCAACCCUUCACGCCCGGGACCUUACACCAAACCCUCCAGCCACGGCCAGCACAAGAAACGCAGGAGUCAUCCGCCGACCAGCACGCCCCUGGGGAUGGGCAUGCGUCUGUCGGGCUCGUGUGCGUCCACCGGCUCGGGAGCGAGGGGUCCCGCGUUGGUGAGGGAGUUGAAUCCGCCUGGGAGGUUGAGGAGUAUGUAUACGUGUAUUGGGACGCCGUUGAAUCUUGAGGACGACGCUCUCGAUGAGGAUACGUCGGCGGUAAGGGUGGAUGCGGGUGCGGAAAUAGAACGAGAUACUCGCGUGCAGCUCACCGGGCCGAGGAUGCGGCAUAUGUCGCAUGCAGAGCAGCUUCGGACGAGCGCAAAGGUGAUUGAGAUUGGGGCUAUGGCUGUUUUGAAUGCUGCGUCUGGGGGGAAAGGGGGACAGCAGGGGAUGGUGGGGGAGGAGGCGGAGGUGCAGAGUAAUGAUGAGGUACUCCGGUUGGUGGAUAAGAUGGAGAGUCAUCUCAAGUUGCAGGAUGUGGGGGAUAGGGAUAAGGGGUUGAGGGGGUGCGAGAUGAUAAGGGAAGCGUUGGGGGAGGGUGGUGGGCUGGAUGAGGGUGGGGGGAAGAUGGAGGUUGGGGAGAGCACUCUGAAGGAUUCAUCGAUGAGUACGCAGACGGACCUUCAAUUGGAUACUGGGGACGCCGACCUCCUCGCCCUGCUGCAGAACGAUUUGGAGGCGAAUGGUUUUACGACGGCGAUUAGUAACUGA